AUGCCCACUUAUCCGGAUUUUGACUCCGUGCCAAAAACUGCAGGGCAGCCUCAAGGGAAUGCCUGGGCUCUUUGGGGCGAGAAAGACGAAUUAGGAACCCUCAACUACUUGACUCCCGAAGUGAUAUUACAGGCAACCAAAGAGAUCAAGACAGGCGUCACAGUGCAAUUGGAUCUCCCGUUAAACCAUUUCGACCACCUUGGCGCCGGGCGACAAGGGUUCACCCACCAGAUCAUCGACUUCAAGGAGCGACUCAAAGGCACCGAUUUGGAGAUCGUUGCUCACGAUGAUGUAUUGACCUUGAAUACGCAGAGUAGCUCUCAGUGGGACGGUCUACGACAUAUCGGACUACAAGAGUCUGGCAUCUACUAUGGUGGAGUCAAGCACCGAGACAUCGACGAGAACCGGGCAGAUGGAAGGCUGGGGAUUCAGAAAUGGGUACAGCGCGGUGGCAUAGUUGGCCGCGGCGUUCUCUUGGACUACCAUGGAUGGCGCCAACAAACCGGGCAAGCCUCGGUCCCCAUCCCUUCGAACACGAUCAUCACCACGGAAGAACUGGAAGCAGUGAUCAAGCAUCAAAACACACAGUUACGCGACGGAGACAUCCUCAUCCUUCGCACGGGCUUCACAGACUGGCAUCUUCAGGCGAGUAAAAAGGAGCAAGAGGAGGCUUCCAAGCGAGGUGCAUUUAUUGGUCUUGAGGCGACGGAAAAGAGUGUCAAGUGGCUGUGGAAUCACCAUUUCGCCGCCGUGGCAACCGACACGCUCGGCUUCGAAGUCACUCCCAUACCGUUUAUGGAUCCCGGUGCGGUUCGCCUUCACGAAUGGCUUCUGGUUCACUGGGGGACCCCGAUCGGUGAGCUUUGGGAUCUCGAGCGGUUGGCAGAGGUCUGUCGGGAAAGGAAACAGUGGUCUUUUUUCUUAACAAGCGCCCCGCUUCAUGUGUAUGGCGGAGUCGGCACGCCGCCCAAUGCAAUCGCGAUUUUGUAG